GACAAGAAAAUAUUUAAACGUUUUUGAAUGAGACAGGAUGGAACUGGAACUGCUGUCAUCUCUGUAUUCCAGUUACCACGGAGACAACUAAACAAAACAUUGAAAGCUAGCUGGAUGUCAAAUAAAUACUAACAGAACUAGCUAAACACAUUUUCCCAAGCAUAAUUGUCACCACCAUGGCUCACAUUAGGACAUACAGACCAAACGUCCGUGUUGGAAACUGGAGGGAAGACGUUACAUUGGAAGAGGACUCACUGAAGGAUUUCUUGGAGAGAAAAGAAAGGGGAGAGCUGACUGUGCAGAAAAAUGUUUUCAUCAAACAAAGCAUUCUCGAACAAGUUCAUCUGUCUGCAUCCCAGGGAGGUAAACUGUGUUUUGGUGAUGUGGUGAUGUUGGUGAAUAUGCUCAGUGGGGACACCUGUUCAGUCUGCAUCAACGCUGACCUGACCAACCUAGGGGAGGGGCCUAGUCCAGGUACAUGCACCUGGGCCUCAAACCUAGGGCAGGGGCCUAAUCCAGUCAUUCAGGCUCCUUGUGGUGUCAGUGGUGGGAGGGAUGUACAGCCAUGCAAACGCAAUGCCUUCAUCAUCAGCAGUGUGGAUGGCAGUGUGGAGGGAGAGCCUCUACAUUACAAUCAGAGUUUUGCUCUCAGAACAACCCUUGGCUUUGCCGGAGGGUUGUAUCUGACAAGUGACCACCAGAACUUCCAGAAGUGUGCCAAGAAGUCCCGUCUGCAGGAAGUGGUUAUGGAGCAGCAGGCUAAUUUCCUGUCCUGGUGGAAGGUUUUGCACAAUGACCCUCAGGAUAGACUGGAAAAUGAAGGGCUGCCUGUUAAUGCCAACAAUAAAGUGAUUAUCUUGCACUGCAAGACCAACCAGGCUCUGGCGGUUCUACGACAGCACACCUUAUGGACUCCAUUUGGUAAAGAAUAUGAGUUGACUGCCCACACCUUCCUGGACUCCCAUAAAGCCGAGCAAGAUGUCAACCAUUGGUUGCUGUUGACCACUGAUCCUGCAGGGACAGAGUUAACUCAACAGGACCGAUCACUGACACGGGCCACUGAAAUAGACACACACGGGCCACUGAAAUAGACACACUCACAGGCCACUGAAAUAGACACACACACGGGCCACUGAAUAGACACACUCACAGGCCACUGAAAUAGACACACUCACGGGCCACUGAAAUAGACACACUCACGGGCCACUGAAAUAGACACACUCAUGGGCCACUGAAACAGACACACACGGGCCUUUGACACAAACUUUCAUAUUGGCUAAGUCAUAUUUAAUGACACACACUCACCCACACUGCAAGCUUUGUAUCUACUAGUGUCUGAAUAAAAGUAUGAUUAUUUGAUUACUGAUUAGGAUCAUAAUUUGUAUUUUUAAUAGAUGAUAUGUAUAUGUUUUACAUUUUCUUUAAAAUGUGGAGUAUGGUGUGUUGAUGUCUGGGAACAAUUUUAAAUACAUGAAUAUAGACAUAGACUCUCUGUAGGCAUUGUAUUAUAUACAUACACACAGUGUAUCACAAACUGUUGCAUAUGGGGCUGCGUAGCCGCAGACCAGUCAGGGUGCCCAUUCUGACACCUGUCCACUGCUGAAAGCACUUACAAUGGCACCAUGUGGACAGAAUACGGCAGGUGGAACAUCACGGCAGGUGGAACGUCACGUUUACUCUACGGGUAGAACAUCACUGCAGGUGGAACAUCAUAGCAGGUGGAACAUCACAGCAGGUGGAACAUCACAGCAGGUGGAACAUCACGUUGACUCUACGGGUAGAACAUCACAGCAGGUGGAACAUCACAACAGGUGGAACAUCAACUUGACUCUACGGAUAGGAAAUCACAGCAGGUAGAACAUCACAUGGACUCUUCGCAAGAGGAAUGUGGGAACGUCAUCACGUGGGAACGCCAUCUCGUGGGAACGCCAUCUCGUGGACCAGCCACGUGGGAACGCUAUUUCAUGGACCAGCCACGUGGGAACGCCAUCUCGUGGACAAGCCAUGUGGGAACGCCAUCACGUGGGAACGCCAUCAUGAAGACCAGCCACGUGGAAGGCCAACAAAACGUGGAACUACCAUGUGGAAAGAACACGGCACGUGGAACAUCCCAGCAUGUGGAAAAUCACAGCAGGUGGAACAUCACAUUGACUCUACAGGAAGAACAUAACAGCAGUUGGAAUAUCUUAUAAAUUUGUAAUGUUAUAGUAUUUAGAAUAUUACAACAAUAUAGCAGGCAAACAUCAUGUGGACCCAGCACGUGGAAACGACAUAGCAUGCCAACAAAACGUGAACCUACCAUAUGGACAGAACACGGUAGGUGGAACAUCACGUCAGGUGGAACAUCACGGCAUGUGGAAGAUAACGGCAUGUGGAACAUCAAGUUGACUUUACGGAUAGGAAAUCACGGCAGGUAGAACAUCACAUGGACUCUUCGCAA